AUGGAUGAUAUUUUCAUUAAAGCAUUUUGGGAAGAAGCAUUUGGUUGCAAGUGGGGUAAUUUGACUAACAAAGAAAAUAUAGAAUCUACAGAAAUUCCACAGUGUACUGGCAAGGAAAACGUGCAGACCAUUGCCACUAAUGUGUAUGACUUGAAUAAUUUUGGACUUGCAUACAGUACAUAUAAUUCAGUUUAUGCAGUGGCAUAUGCAUUAAACAACAUGCAUUUGUGCAGAUCUCCUGAAGGACCAUUGCUGAAUAGAAGCUGUGCAGAUGCCUUAGAAUUAAAACAAUGGCUGCAUUCCGUUAAAGAACUAAUAGCACUUUCAUUUUUGAGAGAAGAUGAAGUGAUUCCAGCAUUUAGAGAGCUAAGUAAAACAUUUCCUGCUGACGGGAAAGAGUUGAUCACAUAUUUCUAUGAUAUUUAUAUGUUGGGACGCUUACGGAAGAAGAUCACUAGAACUACAACUCAUUUACGGUUUCCUCCUGUGUACCCUAUAUUGUUCUGGAAUGUCUCCUGUUUGAACGAUGUUUCUUUACCACGAGCACAAAAUUACUUUCUUCAUUAUUUGAAACAUGUUAGUUUUAUAACCAGUGAAGGUGAAGAAUUGUCAUUUGAUCAAUACGGUGACCCACCAGCUCGAUAUGAUAUAAUGAAUUGGCAGAUUUCUUCAGAUGACAACAGCAAAUUUGUUAGGGUAGGCACCUUUGAUGACGACAAUCAUGGGAGACAGCAGCUGGUUAUAAAUAACAAUGCCAUUCAAUGGAAUGAAGCAAUCAGACAGACUCCAGUCUCUGUCUGCACUAAAAGUUGUUUUCCUGGAUUUUGGAAAGCUGUACAAAAAGGAGAACCUGUCUGCUGCUUCAAAUGUGUGCCCUGCUCAAAAGGAGAGAUCAGUAAUAUAACUGAUGCCACUGAAUGCAUCAAAUGUCCAGAAGAUCAGUGGGCCAGCAACAAUCACUUACACUGCAUUGCAAAAGGCAUUGAAUUUUUAUCCUUUGAAGAACCUCUUGGAAUAACUUUAUCAACCAUUUCAAUAUCCUUUGGUUUUAUCACUGUGGUCAUAUUCUGCAUCUUCAUUAAGAAUCGUGACACUCCAAUCGUGAAAGCAAACAAUUGUGAAAUGAGCUUUCUUCUUCUGCUGGCGCUGAUGUUGUGUUUCCUCUGCUCCUUGGUAUUUAUUGGUAAACCGCUGAGGUUUAACUGUAUGUUCCGACAACCUGCAUUUGGGAUAACAUUUUCCCUAUGUGUAUCUGUUAUAUUAGCAAAAACAACCACUGUGGUUAUUGCUUUUAGUGCCUCAAAACCCAGCAGUAAGUUACAAAAAUGGGUUGGGUACAAGACACCCGUUUUUAUAGUUAUUGUCUGCACUAUUGUACAAGUGCUUAUAUGUACGUGCUGGGCAUCUUUAUGUCCCUCUUUUCCACAAAUGGAUAUGGCAUCUCAAGAAACCAACAUAAUAAAUGAAUGUAAUGAAGGUUCUAUAAUUGCUUUUUGCAUUGUACUGGGAUACCUCGGUAUUCUGGCAACAGUGAGUUUUAUAGUAGCCUUUUUUGCAAGGAAGCUACCUGACAGCUUUAAUGAAGCCAAAUUCAUCACUUUUAGCAUGCUUGUAUUCUGCAGCGUUUGGCUGUCUUUCAUCCCAGCCUACCUAAGCACUAAAGGAAAGUAUACGGUUGCUGUAGAAAUAUUUGCCAUAGUAGCAUCUAGUAUGGGACUGCUUGGCUGCAUAUUUUUUCCCAAGUGCUAUGUUAUUGUGUUAAAACCUGAGCUGAACACAAGGGAGUAUUUAAUAGGAAAGAGAGCUGUGACACAUUAA